AUGGGGCCCCCGGGCAAUAGGGGAUCAUGGGGCCCCUGUGUCCUUGCCUAAACUGAAAAAAGCCUAUGAAAAAGUAUUCCCACUUCCUGGCAGAAACAAUCAUCUCUCAUCAGUGGUAAUAGUCUCCAACUAGUUCCCACACUGUUCAAAAUAAUAAACACCCUCCCAGGGGCGGACUGACAACUCAUGGGGCCCCUGGGCAAUAGGGGAUCAUGGGGCCCCUGUGUCCUUGCCCAAACUCAAAAAAGCCUAUGAAAAAGGUACCAGGGGCAUCUAACGGGCCCCCUACUGACCCCGGGCCCUCGGGCGGUGCCCGAGUUUCCAAAUGGUCAGUCCACCCCUGCAUUCCU